AUGGCGACCUCAGGUGCUGCAAACCCCGCCCCCUGGGAACCUGCUAGUCAGCAGGAUGUAGGGAUAGGGGGCAGCGGCCAGCGCCGCUCCUCACAAAUCUUUGCGGGGCGACGAAGAAGGCAGGCUACGGCCCCUCCGCCUCGCCGCGUCACUCCCGCGCCGCUCGGCGCGUGUCAGGGUAUCUUCGCUUGCGAGUACGUGUUUCGCCGGUCGCCCCUCCGCCCGGCUUCAGCCACUGCCGGAGGGGGUCGAGCGGCCCGGCGGCUCGGAGACCCAGAGUCGCUUCAUCAUGAGUUAUUUCGGAGCUUGGAGUUCAGGGAUAUUCAGGCCCCAGGGGAACCUCAGUGCUUCUCUCUCCGAACUGAACAAGACACAGUGCUCCUUGGCUCAGAACAUGGACUGAUAGAAGUAGACCCUGUCACAAGAGAGGAGUCGCUUCAUCAUGAGUUAUUUCGGAGCUUGGAGUUCAGGGAUAUUCAGGCUCCAGGGGAACCUCAGUGCUUCUCUCUCCGAACUGAACAAGACACAGUGCUCCUUGGCUCAGAACAUGGACUGAUAGAAGUAGACCCUGUCACAAGAGAGGUGAAAAAUGACACUCCUUUGGUGGCAGAAGGCUUUCUCCCAGAGGGUGGAAGUGGCUGCGUUGUUGGUAUUCAGGAGUUGCUGGAUCACGAGUCUGUGUGUGUGGCCACAGCCUCUGGAGAUGUCCUACUUUGCAAUCUCAACACACACCAGCUGGAAUGUGUCGGGAGUGUAGCCAGUGGUAUCUCUGUCAUGAGUUGGAGUCCUGACCAAGAACUGGUGCUUCUUGCCACAGGUCAACAGACCCUAAUUAUGAUGACAAAGGAGUUUGAACCAAUCAUGGAACAGCAAAUCCACCAGGAUGAUUUUGGUGAAAGCAAGUUCAUCACUGUUGGCUGGGGCAGGAAGGAGACGCGGUUCCAUGGAUCAGAAGGCAGGCAAGCUGCCUUUCAGCUGCAAAUGCACAAGUCUGCUUUUCCCUGGGAUGACCAUAGACCACAAGUUACCUGGCGUGGCGAUGGACAGUUUUUUGCUAUGAGUGUUGUUUGCCCAGAGACAGGGGCUCGAAAGGUCAGAGUGUGGAGCUGGGAGUUUGCUUCACAGUCAGCCAGUGAGCCUGUGGCAGGACUGGGACCUGCUCUGGCUUGGAAGCCCUCAGGCAGUUUGAUUGCAUCUACGCAAGAUAAACCCAAUCGGCAGGAUGUUGUGUUGUUUGCGAAAAAUGGACUUCUCCAUGGACAUUUUACACUUCCUUUCCUCAAAGAUGAGGUUAAGGUUAAUGACCUUCUCUGCAAUGCAGAUUCCACUGUGCUUGCAGUAUGGCUGGAAGACCUUCAGAGGGAAGAAAAUUCCACUCUAAACACCUAUGGUACGUGGGGAGUUUCUUGCCUUUUCGGGGGUCUGAGGUCUUCUGCCAGCGUUCAGUAGGUGUUCUGUAGGAGUUGUUCCACGUGUAGAUGAAUUUCUGAUGUAUCUGUGGGGAGGAAGGUGAUCUCCGCAUCUUACUCUUCCGCCAUCUUCCAGCCUAUAGCAGCACAUAUUUAAAGUUAUGAAAAGGAAAAACCUACAACCAAGAUUACCCAGCAAGAAUCUCAUUCAGAUGCGAUGGAGAAAUCAAAACCUUUACAGACAAGCAAAAGCUAAAAGAAUUCAGGAUCACCAAACUAGCUUUACAACAAAUGCUAAAGGAACUUCUCUAGACAGGAAUCAAAGAGGAGAAAAACCCUGACAAUAAGAAACCCAAAACAGUUAAAAAAAAUGGUAACAGGAGCAUACAUAUUGAUAAUUACCUUAAAUGUGAGUGGAUUAAAUGCUCCAACCAAAAGGCAUAUGGCUGAAUGGAUACAAACACAGGAUGCAUAUGUAUGCUGCCUACAAGAAACCCACUUCAGACCUAGGGACACAUAAUACAGAGUGAAAGUGAGGGGAUGGAAAAAGAUAUUCCAUGCAAAUGGAAAUCAAAAGAAAGCUGGAGUAGCAAUUCUCAUAUCAGACAACAUAGACUUUAAAAUAAAGACUAUUAGAAGAGACAAAGAAGGACACUACUUAAUGAUCAAGGGAUCGAUCCAAGAAGAAGAUAUAACAAUUGUAAAUAUUUAUGCCCCCAAUAUAGGAGCGCCACAAUACAUAAGGCAAAUGUUAACAGCCAUUAAAGGGGAAAUUGACAGUAACACAAUAAUAGUAGGGGACUUUAACACCCCACUUUGACCAAUGGACAGAUCAUGCAAAAUGAAAAUAAAUAAGGAAAGACAAGCUUUAAAUGACACAUUAAACAAGAUGGACUUAAUUGAUAUUUAUAGGACAUUCCAUCCAAAAACAACAGAAAACAGUUCUCAAGUGCUCUUGGAACAUUCUCCAGGACAGAUCGUAUCUUAGGUCACAAAUCAGGCCUUGGUAUAUUUAAGAAAAUUGAAAUCGUAUCAGGUAUCUUUACCGACCACAACACUAUGAGGCUAGAUAUCAAUUACAGGAAAGAAACUGUAAAAAAUACAAACACAUGGAGGCUAAACAAUACACUACUAAAUUACCAAGAGAUCCCUGAAUAAAUCAAAGAGGAAAUCAAAAUUACCUAGAAACAAAUGACAAUGAAAACACGAUGACCCCAAACCUAUAGGAUGCAGCAAAAGCAGUUCUAAGAGGAACGUUUAUAUCAGUACAGUCCUAACUCAAGAGACAUCUCUAAUAAACAACCGAACCUUUCACCUAAAGCAGCUAGAGAAAGGAGAACAAAAAAACCCCAAAGUUAGCAGAAGGGAAGAAAUCAUAAAGAUCCAAUCCGAGAGAAGUUUUUUUUUUUUUUUUCUUCAGUACACGGGCCUCUCACUGUUGUGGCCUCUCCCAUUACGGAGCACAGGCUCCGGACGUGCAGGCUCAACGGCCAUGGCUCACGGGCCCAGCCGGACUUGAGGAUAUGGGGAGGGGGAAGGGUAAGCUGUGACAAAGUGAGAGAGAGACAUGGACAUAUAUACACUACCAAAUGUAAAAUAGAUAGCUAGUGGGAAGCAGCCGCAUAG